AGAAAGGUUAAUCACCUUGAAUGAACUUUGAGCUUUUUUUCUUCUUCCAGUUUAAAAAUUAUUUCUGGAGAUACCUGAAAUUCCAAAUCUUGUGUGUUAAAUGGAAUCUAGGAUAGCUUCAUUGCAGAAUGUAACAGGAGAAGAGAUGCACUGAAAUAAAUUUUCAUAUUAACCUAGAAAUUGAGCAUGGAAAAUCUUGAUUUCUAGUCUAAAAAACCAGUAUCUUCUACUAAGGUGGUGUUGAAGGUCUUCCCUACCUGAGUUUGGAGCCAUAGCAGUAGAGGUGAGAGCCUUUCAACUGUAAACUCCUAAUUGUUACUGUAGCUAAGCUGAAAAGAUGCUCCAUAUACGUAUGGGAAAGUGUAAAAUAAAUCAACGAACAGAUGCCUUAUUUCUUUUCCAGAUUUCCCUGUUCAUUAGAGAAUAAGUGCAUGUGCACGCAUCUCAAGCUUGUUUGUGUUAGGGAGAUUACUACAUGACUGAACACCCACUCUAAUCCUCUCUUUAAUUUUUCUAGUGAGUUUAUAUGGAAGAAAUGCUGUGGCUGUUCUCAAGCUCUCUUGCAAACUGAUUCAAUGUUUCAGCGUUGCAUCAUCGUGUGUUGAGUAACAGAAGUUCUACUGUUUGCUGAUCAAUGUGACAGUCUGUAGUAGUUUACGAGAUGAGCCAAACUCGUGGGAAAUAUGACUUCUGUAUUGGUCUGGUGUUGGCUAUGAGUUCCAGCAUUUUCAUCGGAGGAAGCUUCAUCCUGAAAAAGAAGGGCCUUCUCCGGUUAGCUAGGAAAGGCUCCAUGAGAGCAGGUCAAGGUGGUCAUGCAUACCUUAAGGAGUGGCUGUGGUGGGCUGGACUUCUUUCAAUGGGAGCUGGCGAAGUAGCCAACUUUGCUGCCUAUGCUUUUGCACCAGCUACGUUAGUGACUCCUUUAGGAGCUCUCAGUGUUCUUGUCAGUGCCAUUCUGUCAUCCUUCUUUUUAAAUGAAAAGCUUAAUCUACAUGGAAAAAUAGGGUGUUUGCUAAGUAUACUGGGAUCAACUGUGAUGGUAAUUCAUGCUCCACAAGAAGAGGAAGUAGAAACCUUGAAUGAAAUGUCCCACAAACUAGGUGAUCCAGGUUUUGUGGUCUUCGCAACCGUUGUUGUCAUUGUGUCUUUAAUUCUAAUAUUUGUGGUGGGACCUCGCCAUGGACAGACCAACAUUCUCGUGUACAUAACAAUUUGCUCUGUAAUUGGAGCAUUAUCAGUCUCCUGUGUAAAAGGUUUGGGCAUCACUAUAAAGGAACUCUUUGCAGGAAAACCAGUGCUGAGCCAUCCCUUGUCUUGGAUUCUGCUGCUAAGCCUUAUCGUGUGUGUGAGCACGCAGAUCAACUAUUUAAACAGGGCUCUGGAUAUAUUCAACACUUCGAUAGUGACUCCAAUAUAUUAUGUAAUCUUUACAACAUCUGUUUUAACUUGUUCUGCCAUCCUUUUCAAGGAAUGGCAACACAUGGCGGCCGAUGACAUUAUUGGCACUUUCAGUGGCUUCCUGACUAUUAUUGUGGGGAUCUUUUUAUUGCAUGCCUUCAAAGAUGUGAAUUUCACCCUGGCAAAUCUGCCUGUCUCUUUGCGGAAAGAUGACAGAGCAGCAAACGGGACUUUGCCGAGCACGUACGACUGCUUUAAUCAUGACGAAGAAAGUUCGGCCUGUCUAGGUGAAAUGCAGUCCACUGAGAGCCUCUCAGCCAGGAGAAAUGGAAGUCUGUCGGCCUUCUGAAAAUAGCUACAUGUUACUUAAGAACAAUUCUGUAACUCUGGACUAUUUCUUUUCAGCUGUGAAACGCCUGAGCUUGUCUGGAAAAUCAUGUACUUUUUAACAGUAUGUGUAGACAAUCGUUAAUUUUUAAGUUUGAUUAGUCUGGAUAAAGAACACUGAAGGGGUUUUUAUUUGCCUUAUUUUUACUUUAAAAAAAAUACUAAAAUGACCUCAGACCACAGUUGGGUUUUUUGCUUAAGUUAUGUGUAAAUACUUUCAUUUCAUUCUUCUGUUCUAAGAUGUAUUGCACUAAUGACAGUUUUAUCAAAAAUAAAUUGCUUUAUUUCUGCAUUGGUGGUAAAAAGA